AUGGAGAUCUUUGAUGUUCAGGGCCAAGGAAAGGGGGACAUUGAGGCCCUGCAGUGGGAAGGAGAGCUGGGAGGUGCAGGACUCUGCUUCAGUAGCGAGCCGCCCACGGGGCCUUCUGCACGGCUGUACGUCCAUUCAGGCCUAGAACCUCCACAGAGGACUGUUACCCUCUCUGCUCUCCGUGUCGGGAGCCUGGCAGCUGAUCUGAAACCUCCCAGUCUUCAGGGUGAGCUUUCCGUAGACUCCGGGGCGGCAGGACUCGCUUGCAGGGGUCUGGACGAGGAUCUGCCCAGGGAAUACGGCUCACCUGGGCACUGUGGCAUUCACCCUGAUUGUGGUGGGAAGUCCAACGGCCGCUCUGCUGCAGCCGGCAUCAUGAAGGCCUGUGUCCCCUUUAUAGUGGCUGUGCUCUGUGGCCUAGCCUGGGCUGUUUCUGACACAGGAAACUUGGAGUCGUGUGUAUCUCGCUGUAAUGAGAGAUUUAACCGGGAUGCUGUCUGCCAGUGUGAUCGCCGGUGUCCUCAUCAUGACGACUGUUGUGACGACUAUGAACAUCUGUGCACUGCUGAAGAAGGCCCCCCAGAGCCAAAGGCAUUCCUGGAUCCAGAGGAUGAGAUCCCAGUCAGCCACCUGUACUCCGCACCAAACUCCUGCCAGGGCCGCUGCCGGGAAGCCUACGACAAGCACCACCCUUGCCACUGCAAUGCCCGCUGCCCAGAGUUUGGGAACUGCUGUGAGGAUUUUGACAGCCUGUGCGGUGGUGAUCAUGAGGGUUUCUCCCACAGCAGAGAUGCCAUCACCAAGGAGGAGCUUGAGAGUAUCUCUGAGACCAUCUACAGGGUAGACACCAAUAAAGCCCAGAAGAAUGACAUCGUCCUCAACAGUCAAAAUCGGAUCCCCCCGUCAGAGACAGGAAACCAAGUGGAUCGGUGCCCAGAGCCGCUCUUCACGUACGUCAAUGAGAAGCUCUUCUCCAAGCCUACCUAUGCAGCCUUUAUCAACUUACUCAACAAUUACCAGCGGGCCACAGGCCACGGGGAGCACUUCAGCGCCCAGCAGCUGGAGGAGCAGGGUGUCUUCCUCAGAGAGGUCAUGAAGACAGCCGUCAUGAAGGAGCUCUACCGCUUUCUCCAUCACCAAAACCGUUACGGCUCUGAACAAGAGUUCGUGGACGACUUGAAGAACAUGUGGUUUGGGCUCUACUCAAGAGGCAGUGAUGAGGGGGACUCUAGUGGCUUUGAACACGUCUUCUCUGGUGAGGUGAAGAAAGGCAAAGUCACUGGCUUCCAUAACUGGAUCCGCUUCUACCUGCAGGAGAAGGAAGGGUUGCUUGACUAUUACAGUCACAACUACGACGGGCCGUGGGAUUCCUACCCUGAUGUCCUGGCCAUGCAGUUCAAUUGGGAUGGCUACUACAAAGAAGUGGGCUCCAUCUUCAUCGGCAGCAGUCCCGAGUUCGAGUUUGCCCUUUACUCUCUCUGCUUCAUCACCAGACCAGGGAAAAAGUGCCACUUGAGCCUGGGUGGCUAUCCUUUGGCCAUCCAGACCUACACCUGGGAUAAGACCACCUAUGGAAACGGCAGGAAGUACAUUGCCACGGCCUAUGUGGUGUCUUCUUCCCAGUAGACUUGCAGCCAGCGGGGUAGGGCAGAGAGCCAAGCAGGAUCCAGGUGCUCUUUGCUCUUUACUGGGGAGGGUUGGGAGGAGCCGGGAGGAAUCCCGGAGCUCAGGUUUAUAAAAGGAAUCUCAAAUCUAGAAACGCCCACUUGGGACAGAAAAAAAUAUAUAUAAUUAGAAAAAUGCAGAGAAUCAGCCAAACCUUUGUCUUCCCGCAUUUUGGCAACAUGGACUAGGAAACAGAGCUCUCUCUGCCUAGAGAAAGGAGCAGCCUCAAGAGCUCUUGUGUUAACAGUAGUGGGGCCACGAGCAAGUCCUUGGCCUCACGCUUCCCUCUAAUGUGAAGGGGAGGGGUCUUCCCCUUUUCCUCCUUAGGGCUUGGGGAGGGGGUGAGGCUGGCAGUAUUAUGACUGUGAAGAUGUCUUCAGUUGUUUGUAGGGAGAACCGGUGGUAGAAAUUCAGGAUUACCAAGUGGCCGUCGGUGCACACACUCCGCAGCUGUGACUCAGCCUUGUAUUGGGUCCCAAAGAAGGGAGCCUUAGAACCAAGCAAGAGAAUCUUAGAGAAUCAGACCCACGACAGUGCAGAGUCACGGCUUGGGGGUAAGUGGGCUAGGGCAGGUGGUUUCCUCAGUCCUGACCGGCUGUGUGGCCUUCUUAGCAUCUGCUUCUAGAAGUUUCCCACUUGCAGAUGUUCAGUGCAGUUACAGACGUAGUGUUUUGUUUCAUUUCAAAAGAAUUCCCCUCAUAGGAGGGCGGCUGAGCAUCAAAGGAGGAAAAGAAUCUAUAACGUGGUGUCAUUGACAAUUAUAUUAAUGUUUAUCCAGCUGCCAUAAUUUGAAACAUUCUGGGCUGGGAAAAAAGGGACCCCGGGGUUUGUAUUUGAACUCCAAAUGUCAUAUUUAUUCCUCCCUGAUGCACAGGAGCCAGAUGAGGCCCCACUGAGCCAGGCUUGUGCCAUGGCUCAGAGGCAUCAAGUUUCCAAUUAAAGCCACUGGAGAAAACCUGAAAUGUGUCUCAUCCUUGUGUAAGUUGACCUUGACUAGCAGUCUCCUGCCUCCUCCCCAAGCAGGCCUGGGGUGCUUUGCUGCUUCGCUGCCCGGCUCAAGAAUGUGCUUAUUUGGGGGCUGGAGAGAUGGCUCAACGGUUAGGAGCACUGGCUGCUCUUCUGAAGGUCCUGAGUUCAUAUCUCAGCAACCACAUGGUGGUUCACAACCAUCCAUAAUGAGAUCUGAUGCCCUCUUCUGGUGUGUCUGAAGCUACA